AUGGAAGGCACUGAGCAUUACCCUCCACGGGUCUGUCGCAUCUGUCUAGAAUCCGUACUCCCAACCUUCCAACCCUCGGAAUUCCUUCAGAAGCCUCGAGUGGUAUAUGAAUCCUCCGAUCCAGAAUCUGGUCGACUCCUAAGUCCUUGUCAAUGCAAAGGCUCUUCGCGUUAUGUCCACGAGGGCUGCCUGCAAGCUUGGCGUCACGCCGACCCAAAAUAUGGGACACGGAACUUCUGGGAAUGUCCCACCUGCGGUUUUCAAUAUCGACUCGAGCGUUUGACCUGGGCUCGAUGGAUCAGUAGUACCACGAUGCAACUAAUUUUGACCAUCGCCAUUCUCUUAUUGACCGUUUUCCUUCUUGGAUUCAUUGCUGACCCCAUCAUUGAUUUUUACUUGGGCCCUGUGGAGGUUUACACCGAACUAGUGGACGAAGAUGGGUAUUGGCUGGCACACUUCACCAAGGGCUUGGCAUCUCUUGGCCUAUUGUCCUUCCUCAAGGCAUUCUUCGCACUGUCUCAAUUCCCAUGGAACCUGCGCUCUCUCGCCUCUGGUCGGAAUUCUGGCCGCAACCGUGCCGCCCAGCUGAAUUGGCUGGUCAUCCUGGUCGGCAUCGGUACUUUCUUAUGGGGUGUCUACAAAGGUGUUCGCUCGUGGAGUAGGCGCACUUUGGAAAAGGCCGGCGCAAAGGUCAUGGAUGUGCCGUUGCCCGGUGAAGAUGUCAACAGUGAAGCAGUACCCAACGAUAGUCCUAAACAAGACUGA